AGCCACUCCUUGAAGCUGUGUGAUAAGCUUGGUGAUAAACAACUCUGUGUCUUCACUUUGACCUCUAACAAAGCUGGCAGCAAGCAAGGAUGAAGUCAUUGUUUGGAUACCUGUUGAUGCUGUUGUUGGCGCCACGCUCUGAAGCGGCAGAUUGCGCAUGCGCAACAUAUAGCUUGCACGUGCGUUCCGGGUACAGUCUCAACGCCCCUAUCAUCGGAUCCCUGACAAACGGUCAAUGUGUGACCUUCAAAGGUGACCGACACGUUGCAGAUGGCUACACCUGGGCCCACGUCGACUACAACGGAAAGAAUGGUUAUGCCGCUGUCAACUGGUUGAACAUUCAUCCAUGUGGGGCUCAUAACAACAAUCUUCAGCUGAGCGGUUGCCCGCGCAUCAUUACACGCGCUGAGUGGGGUGCACGUGCACCUAAAUACGUCAUCGGCAAGAUGGGAGUCACUCCGAAGUAUGUGUUUGUUCACCACGGUGCCACGGCCCCGUGUUAUAACGAGGCUGCCUGCAAGGCCGAGGUCCUGUCGUAUCAGAGGUACCACAUGGACACGCACGGUUGGCCCGACAUUGGUUACAGCUUCGUAGUCGGCGAAGACGGUCACGCAUACGAAGCAAGAGGAUGGGACACUAUCGGCGCCCACACCUACGGUUACAACAGCGUCGGACUCGGUAUCUGCGUCAUUGGUAACUUCAUGGAGAGAAUCCCCAACCAAGCGGCCCUGAAUACGCUGAAACAGCUGAUUAACUGCGGCGUCAACAACGGCAAGAUCUCCUCCACUUACAUUCUACGGGGCCACCGCGACAUGCCUGAAAACCAGACCGCUUGUCCUGGCCAGAAACUUUGGGAGCUCAUUAAAACAUGGCCGCAUUAUUAGCUGUCGAUGAGGACUGUCAUGGCCAUACGUCUCUUGCCGAUGUCUCCCGACUGAUGCCGGAAUAUGACGAGUGGUGACGGGUGUAAUAUUGGCCAGUCACUUAUAUUUUGCAUCUACAUACGUUAUCAGCUGUCGUUGAAAGUAAUGUUUUGAGAAAAUGUUCAAAUAAGUCAUGUACGCAUCACAAUAAAAUGUUGAACAUAG